CAGAGCUGUGAGGACAAAUUGCGGUCUUACUCUCAAUAGCUUCUUUGCAGCAAGUCGCUUGUCAUCGACUGUUCUAAACUUUUCUCUAAUUUCCAAGUGAAAAUCGCCCACUAGUUUAGCGCAGUGCAAGUUUCCAGUGUAGUUUGCCGUACCUAGUUUUUUUUGUGUUCUACCGUGUUGUAAGAGCAGUUUGACACACAGAAAUAGCAUCAUGAGUGUCAACGACUCGGAUCACACCGAGCAAGCGAUGCACUUUUUGAAUGGAGUCGGUAACUUGGUGGGCAAUCUCAAGUCGGAAAAUAAGGAGAAUGUUGCUCCUAUCAAAACUGUGAAGAAGACCAGAGCUGUGCCUAUGCCGUCGCUGGCUAAAUUCAAAGUGGUUGGAGAGAAGGGCUCAGGCUUCCGUCCGCGGGCCAAUGGCGUUCAGGACUUCUACAAGAUCCGCGACUCAUGUUUGGCCAGCGGUCAGUUGUUCGAGGACUGUGAGUUCGAUGCAGUCAAAUCGUCGCUCGUUUUCAGCAAAUCGCCCAGUAUCAGUAAAUCGCUCGACGUCAAAUCUAUCGAGUGGAAAAGGCCCAAGGUUAGUCACUACAUCUUAAUUUACAGCUUUGAUUUGCUGUAG